AUGGGUGUGUUAUGUGACUUCAAUGUUUUUCCACCCAGUCAAUCGAUUGACCAAUAUAAUAUUAACGAUUGGUCAACCAAUCAUUCAAUUAAAUUGAUCAAUCAGAAUAAAAUAAAAUUAGUAAAUGCUCAAUGUGAUCAAUGUGAUCUCGGUAGUUCCUCUAGAGAUCUUCCAAUGGGUUCUGUUCAGUUGGCAUGUCCAUCAAACGCAAGAUGCUAUCAAGAUCCAACACUACUUAAACCACCAACUUGUGUUAGAGCACUUAAUGAAGGUGAUCAAUGUACUGGUAACGUUUGUGGACAAUUCUUAAAGUGCUUCAAUGGUACAUGCAAAUCAUAUGGUUAUAAAGGGAUUGGAGAGAGUUGUCAAGGUAAUUUUGAAUGUAUGUCUAGUCAGUUGGUUUGUGGUGGUAAAGGUACAUGUAUCAAUCCGAGAUACCCAAUUUGCGAUACAACUACUGGUUGUUUGAAUGGCGAGCGUUGUGUAGAUGGUCUGUGUAAAAAGGUUGUCGAUAAUUGGCAACCUUGUAACGCCUCUACACAAUGUAGAUAUCUCAGUGUUUGUCAAACACCUCGAAAUCUCUUACCAACCUCUGAAUUCGAUAUCUACCAAACUCAAAAAGUAUGCCUGCCACCGUUCAGCCUGGAGGAAGGUGAUCCAUGUGACGUAACCGAAGCAUCCGGUUGUAAUAUAGAUAAUGAUUUAACUGUAACUAUUAUCAUUACCUUAACUUAUACAAGUGAAUGUUAUAAUAUGAGAUGUGCAAAGACACAUCAUGGAGAAUCAAAGAAUUGUAAUAACGCCAGGAGUCCAAUGGACAAGUGUACUGUGAACAAUGUUUGUAGGUGUAUGCAAAAGUUGGUGAUUUCUGAUGAACCAAACUAUGGGUUGUGUAGACAGUUGCUACCGAAUGCCACUUCGAUACCUGCCAUUGCAUUAGCAUUUCAGGACUGUUUCUACUCGAGUGGAUGUCCGAGUGCAUUUCCACCGAAAAACAAAUCGUGUGUCACCCAGAAGUGUGGAGUUUCUACCGUUCACUAUCUGAUAAGCUCGAGUAAUCCACCUUGUGGUCCGGAUAACCAUACUCCCAUCGAUCAAACAACAACAACUCCCACAGAGACAGCACCACUACUCACUUUUACACCCAUCCCAAAUAUUACCAUACCCAAUGAUUCCGCAUCGAUCGAUCAACCGAUUAUCAUCUAUCGACUUGCUCUAAUAAUUAUCAUUGCACUGUUAACAUGA